AUCUCCGUGCCCGCUGCAGCGUCGCUCCUCCAUCCUCCGCGGGGUCCCCUCUGCACCGCGGCAGUAGCCCUCCACGUCUUGGGCUGCUCGCGCCGACUCCUCCAGCCCAGCUCGCUGCGCCGCUUCAGCGCCCGGCUGCUCGGGUCCCCCGCCAGCCCCCUACCGCUAGGCUUCCGGGGCCACGACCCGCACCCGCCAUCGGCCAAGGCGAGCGCGCCCCCCAGCCUCGGACCGCGCGCACAGCCCGCACAGCCCACGCUGCGGGCCAGCGACACCCCGUCCCGCCACCAUGACUUCCAGCAAGAUCGAGAUGCCCGGCGAGGUGAAGGCCGACCCCGCGGCCCUCAUGGCGUCCCUGCACCUCUUGCCUUCGCCCACGCCCAACCUCGAAAUCAAGUACACCAAGAUUUUUAUUAACAAUGAGUGGCAGAACUCGGAGAGCGGGAGAGUGUUCCCUGUCUAUAAUCCAGCCACAGGAGAACAGGUGUGUGAAGUUCAAGAAGCAGACAAGGCAGAUAUAGACAAAGCAGUGCAGGCAGCCCGCCUGGCUUUCUCCCUUGGUUCAGUGUGGAGAAGAAUGGAUGCUUCAGAAAGAGGACGUCUAUUGGAUAAGCUUGCAGACUUGGUGGAACGAGACCGGGCAGUUCUUGCAACCAUGGAAUCCCUAAAUGGUGGCAAACCGUUCCUACAAGCUUUUUACGUGGAUUUGCAGGGGGUCAUCAAAACCCUUCGGUAUUACGCAGGCUGGGCUGAUAAAAUUCACGGAAUGACCAUUCCUGUAGAUGGAGACUAUUUUACCUUUACAAGACACGAACCCAUUGGAGUGUGUGGACAGAUCAUCCCGUGGAACUUCCCCCUGCUGAUGUUUGCCUGGAAAAUUGCUCCAGCUCUGUGCUGUGGCAAUACAGUAGUUAUUAAACCAGCAGAGCAAACACCACUCAGCGCGCUCUACAUGGGAGCCCUCAUCAAGGAGGCUGGCUUUCCACCAGGAGUCAUCAAUAUUUUGCCAGGAUACGGACCAACGGCUGGGGCAGCAAUAGCUUCUCAUAUUGGCAUAGACAAGAUUGCAUUCACAGGGUCUACUGAGGUUGGAAAGCUUAUCCAAGAAGCAGCUGGAAGAAGUAAUUUGAAGCGAGUAACUCUGGAACUUGGAGGGAAAAGUCCCAAUAUUAUUUUUGCAGAUGCUGAUUUGGACUACGCCGUGGAGCAGGCUCACCAGGGUGUGUUCUUCAACCAAGGCCAGUGCUGCACUGCGGGCUCUCGCAUCUUUGUGGAGGAGUCCAUCUACGAGGAGUUCGUGAGAAGAAGCGUGGAGCGGGCCAAGAGGCGCAUAGUGGGGAGUCCCUUUGACCCCACCACUGAGCAGGGGCCCCAGAUUGAUAAGAAGCAGUACAACAAGAUCCUGGAACUCAUCCAGAGCGGUGUGGCCGAGGGCGCCAAACUGGAAUGUGGAGGCAAAGGGCUGGGCCGGAAGGGGUUCUUCAUUGAGCCCACAGUGUUCUCCAACGUCACGGAUGACAUGCGGAUUGCCAAGGAGGAGAUCUUUGGUCCUGUUCAGGAAAUUCUGAGGUUUAAGACGAUGGAUGAAGUUAUUGAAAGAGCCAAUAAUUCCGACUUUGGACUCGUUGCUGCCGUCUUUACCAACGACAUCAACAAGGCCCUCACAGUGUCCUCUGCCAUGCAAGCUGGAACUGUUUGGAUCAAUUGUUACAAUGCCUUAAAUGCCCAGAGCCCUUUUGGGGGAUUCAAGAUGUCUGGAAAUGGGAGAGAAAUGGGAGAAUUCGGUUUGCGAGAGUACUCCGAAGUUAAGACUGUGACAGUAAAGAUCCCCCAGAAGAACUCCUAAGAAGGCCAAGAAGGAAGGUGAAGGCCUGCCUGCACGACCCUCCCUCUCUGCUCUCCCUGUGGGGCCUAGCUCUCAGGAACCCAAAGCUAACACUCAGUCCUUAUUUAAAGAUUUAGAUGAUAACAUGUAGGCCAGGCUGGUCACUGCAUAAUAACUAGAGCAAACCAGCUGGGCACAGUUUCUUGGCAUUCUGUAAGGGAUCACCUUAAUGAUACCAAAUAUUGGGGAAGGUGGAAUGAAGGUAACAGGAACAGCUAUCGGCACAUCAGGUGUCUCUUUCUGAAGUGAGUGGCUGAAUAAGGGAGCUGUAUUAUUUGAUGCCUUUUGUCACAAAGACUUUCCUCUUAAGGAAAGGUAGCCUUUCCAUUGUCUUCAUUUUCCCCCUUCCAGACUCUUCCCUGCUCACCCACUCCUCCUGCUUCUCCAAGGAGAUCUCAGCUGAGCUCAUUUAGGGCAGAUGUUUGGGCCGGGAACAAUUUUCCAACGUUUUGCAGCCGAAUUACCAUUUCAUGUUAUCCAGUUCUUCAAAGCAAAACAUGACAUGGUUUUAGUUAGAGCCAGACCAGACUGAAAAUGCUAGGAGCUGGUACACUGCAGAUAUACUAGGACGUAAGAACUUGGGAUAUUCCUGACCCAACCUGGUUUCCUUACACCCAGAAAUUCACAAGUGAAAGAUCAUGAAGAUGGAGAUGCAGAGUUCACAGCUUCUGAGCUUGCUGCAUGGUUUUGGGGUGUGCGUGUGCGUGCAUACAUUUAAUUCGUUGGUUAUUCCAGAAUAAGGUGGGGAGGGGGUUGUUUUUCAUAGAUAGGUAAGAUCUUUGCCGAAGCUUCUCUUUAAAAUCAACCAUAAAAAAAAGUGAUCUGAGUAGACUCCAGACUUUGGAAAAAGGUAAUCCUGGGUGCCUUGCAGAAAUAAUUUUGUUUCCAGUUCUUACUAAGUGAAUUUUCUGCAGAUGGAUCUCUAGCUUCUGCUGCCCCUCAGCCCACACUGCACCAACAUUUGCUACUCCCAGUGAUAAGGGUAUUUACUUUGGACUGUCAUGCCUUAAAAUGCCCUCAAUCCACUGGCAGGAACCUUGGAAAAUCUGGCCAAGCCUCGAGGUUUUCCGUUUGCACAGUCCAGUGUACCCCAAAUGCCGCCCUCCAGCAGACCUCCCCUGCCAUGCCCAGUAGCUCGUUCACAUACCAUUCUUGCCUGCUGGCCUCCCACAAGGGAGGUGAGAAGCAGGCUGGUUCCUUUUCCUCCCAGCCAGGCAAUCCUCUUCUGCUGUCCAGCAAACCCACCAGUAUAACGUGAGCAGUCAGCUUCCUUUCCUUCUUCCCGCUUUCCAGCUGCCGAAUCCAAUCCAGUCUCUCACCUAGAUGAAGAUCAUUUAUUUAAAAGUACCAAACUUAACCUAGAGUAUAUGGAAUAUGGGCAACACAUAUAUAGCCUCUGUAUUUAACUGUUUCCUGCUUUCUAACCAUACCAAUUUUCUGUUUCUAACCCUUGUCUAUUCACAAUGUUCUAAAGAAAUUUCUCCAUGCUGUUAUUUGCAAACGACAGUGCAUUCAGUGGCCCGAUGAGAGGUGCCACUUUUCUGAGUUUCCGUGUGAAUGUCAUGCUCUCCCCUUAUAGCGUGUGUCCAAGUGAACGUAUCCAUUAACCAGCUAGUUACCUUUGAACUGCAAUAUAGAAUGUGAAAAUGAAGAUUUAUUUCUUUUAAUUUACUUAAAAAGAAACCUCUGUGCUAGCAAUAAAGCAUUUAUAUUGUGUA